CCUAAAACGCAAAACAAAUCAUCCUAACACUCCAGCCUGCAGGUGGCAGCAGCGCGCCAGGCAAACAUCUGCUCGCCUGGUUACAGUCGCAGAAGAAGAAGGAAGGCCCUCAACACUCCAAUUAACAAUGUGUUUUGGAAGAAAAGCCAGCGCUGUUUAUCCAGAUAUAAGCUGUAAAGUGUCGACGAACGGGUAAUUUCGAUACGUCAGUGAUGGAUACCGUCAUUAGAUGUGCUGACCUGUGACCCGCACCAACCGGAAAGCAGGAAUUAGCCUGUUCCUUGAGACUUGUUUCUUCCUUCCCCUUCAUUGUAAACCAGGUUGUUUUUUUUUAAAUCUAUUUAGGAGAGCGACAUGGACAGUGUCCUCUACCAGGUAACGCCUGCUGUUGGAGCCGAUGGGAGGGGUAUUAUGAAGCUGAUUCCUGUCCAACGGAGCAACAGGCAGCCUCCCUCGGCCCAGCAGGACGUCCAAAGGAGUAACGGACAGUUACUAGGACAGUCCUACUUGACUCAGACACGUGCCCAGGUAAUCAGUGAUCAGUCGUUCCCCACUCAGACGCCCAUCCUGAGGACCAACGGACUGUCUCACCCGACCCUGGUGCCUGUUCAGUUACUCAGUGCACAGUUCUUCCCGACUCAGACCCCUGUCCAGUCUUUCCCCAUCCAGACACCUGUCCAGAUAAUUAAUGGACAGUCCGCCCCGAUGCAGAUGCCUUUCCAGAGGACCGAUGGACAGUCCUACCUGACUGCGGUUCCUCAGAAAGUCUUUACAGUGUUUAAGCCCCUGCUUCAGAGCGCCUCUCCACCGUUUGUUUCUCCGCUGAAUGUGUUGGCUGGUAAAAUGGACUCCUUAAAAACCCAAAGUCUUCAGCAGCAGACCAAGGCCAGGAUUCCCCAGACCGAAUCCCCUUCAGUAGGAAGCUCCAGUGAGAUUCCAGCAUCAGAGACAUCUCCAGCACUCCGUAAGUCAGAAGUCCCAAAUUUCCCUACUGAAGCACAUGUCCCGAGUGUUUACUCGUCCAAGCAUCAGCCAGUUGUCAAGGAUCAGACCUUUUCUCCCUCGGCAAGCUUCUCUGCCAAACGCAGUUCCCCCAUUGUGAUCUACUUGUCACCAGACAGCACAGAGAACCCAGAGGUGGCCCUCGGCUCUGCGGCUGACAGGCUGAGAGAACUGGCGGUGAUGGUAAACACUUGUGAUUCGCUGUGCAAGAGUGCAGGAUCAGAACCGUUCACCUGUGACGCACCUUUAAAGAAAGGACCAGCCCCCAAGUUAAAACUGAUUCCAAAGGCGUCGGGGAGACCUUGCAGUCCAACACGGUGGGUCAUAGAGGAGAUAGGUAGCUGUUUAGCCAAAGGCCCCUCCAUAAAGCCGCCGCCUUCUGAAUCUGCCCACUUCUCCAAGAAGCAAGACGUUCCCAAUCAAACCUUGCCGGAAAAUCCAAAUCCUUGGGUGGUGUAUGAUGGAAGGAUGUUUUAUGGAACCAAAGCGGGCCGCUCGUCUUCUAAGCCCCCCACAGCCACACAGUCGCUUCCUCCAUCUUCAUUUUCAUCUUUACAACAGCCAGUCGGGUCAGCGGGAUCGCUAACAAACGAAGUGAUUGAUCUUUGUGACGACGACUGCUCUCCGUCCUCUAACAUGUCCUCCGUUUACUGUGAAGAGGAAGACCAUGUGAUCUUUGUGUCUUAUGUUCCACCCAAGUCCAAGUCUGGCUCUGGCCUGAAGGAUGGGUUGGGCAGUGGAAGCUCCAGCAGCAGGACUAAUGCUACGGCUGGAAGAGACACAGGUCAGGUCCAGAGCCCCUCCAUCAGCCUCAAUGGUUCCGGUCCAGCAGAGGGGGUCAUAGUUGAGAGUUUAAACCCAAAGUGUCUGAUAGGAACCACUAAGCAGUGUCCAGAUAAUCUGGAGAUGGACACUGAGGCGGGAAGCUCACGGAGUCCCAGCAAGGAAGAACAUCCUGCAACAGUACAGCAGAACUCUGAACUUCCUGUUCCUGCGGGGACAUCUUCAUCAGCACCAGAACCUUGUCAAAAGUCCGACCACCAGCUCAGGAACAUAUUUGGGAUUACAGCUGAUGUAAAAAUUUGCCUUCAAAAGAUUGAUGAAAUGCCACAUUGGUGUGUCUCAGCAAGCGUGGUACAAACAAAGUCCCGAGGUCCAGUGGACGGGAGUGACCCGUCGAGAGAUGUUCUAAAAGCCAAAGAGGUUUCUCUGCAGGACUUUCCCAGUCCAGAUAAACUGGACGAUAACGUCCGGACUGAACGGGAGCACUCACUGUCGCCUCACUCCAGAACUCUGAGAAGUCCGUGUGUCUCAAAGGAGAACUGCUGUUCCUUUUCACCUCAAGCCAAGCCUGUGUUCGGCUACGUUGAACCCAUUGACGAGGACUUCCCCGACGAAAACGACCUUCCCCAGUUACAGGACACGCCUGUCCAUCCUCAGACGCAGACAUGUGUGGAAGUCACCGCGAACACUAGGAGAAUGGGCCGGACAAGGAAACGCACCAUGUGUCUGUGCUGUGUCCCCCCUACUCUGCUUCCCGUUAUCAAAUCCGGCACCAGGUUGGAAGAGUUGGAGAUGUGGAUGUCGGCGAUAGAGCCGGCGAAUAAACGAGUAGGGCGAACGAAGGCUGCGAGGAAAACCUCCACGAGGAUCAGCCACCCCAACUGUAGGGUACACAAGCCUCCAGCCGGCAGUGACCCCUCCACUGUCCCUGAGGGGUUGAAAAGACACGAACAGAUCAAGAAACACAAUGAACAUCAGGCGAAGAAGCUACCCAAAUGACCCGUACCAAUGCUGAAACACUGCAACACUACACAGGGACAGACAGGAGCUUCACGUUCCACCUAGCUGGAGCAAUAGUCAGUCUUGUAACAUCUUUGCUCCGUUUCUAAACACUCUUCUGAAAUAUGCAACAUGUUUUUAUAAACUUGGUUGUAUAUGAACAUGACUCUACACGUAGCUGCACUAAAGGGUUUCUAAUAAGACAAUGCUAGUAUUUUACUGUUAAUGUAGGUCUAGAGUUUGAGUUUAUUAUUGGUUUCUUAUUUCCUCUAAUUGUUAGUCGGAGACUAUUUAGGAGUCAUGCAACACUUACUAACCUCAGAGAUGUAGUGUGGCCAACAAGACGCCUCAAUCACAGCCCUAAACACUGCUUUUCUAAGGGAAUGUGGAAGUCUUCAGGUUCUUAGAGUUGCGCAUUACGGAGAAAGUGGCGCGGAUCUGUACUGAUGCAUAAUGCAUUAAUAUUUUACCAGUUGGUUCUGGUCCUAUGGAUUAAAGCUCCACCCAAAGUGCUUUCUGAUGUGGUUAUGUGUGCCAGAAAAGUUUCUGCUGCAUCUAAUUUGUCAGUAAAGAAAUCUGACAGUCUACCUCUGUUGUAACAUCAGAUUGCCCAUCUAGUCUGUCUGUACUGGAUCUACAAAGUUAACUGUUUUUGUUCUAACUUUUUUCUAACAACUAUUAAAGUGCAAAUGCUGUCAUUUUAA